ACUAGAUUUCUGCACCACUCAUCAAAACUCUGCGGCAUGCAGACAAGAGGAGCCGGGGGGGAGGGCAGAUACUAGGUCUAUGCUGAGUGUAGGAACGUCACCUCUUUUUGUCCACUUUGUUUUUAUUAGAUAGACAACUGUGGCGUGUUUCUGUCAUUUACGUCUUAGUUUGAGCAGACCUGUUUAAAUACCUCAUAUCCCUCUCAGCUGAGGCACAGUAGCUCUCUCUCUCUCUCUCUCCCUCUCUCUCUCUCUCCGCCGUCUUGCUAACUGUUCGGACCCGGCGUUUUGGUUUUUUGUUGCUUUUAGGCGCGUUAAUUAGAUAGUUUGGUGUCCACACGUUUAUGAGAAAAUGGCAAAGGAUGGAGAAAAAGAUGGGUGGAAAGAAUUUAUAUGGAACCCGAGGACGAGGGAGUUUCUGGGCAGGACGGCGAGCAGCUGGGGUCUUAUUAUUCUCUUCUAUGUAGUUUUCUACAUCUUCCUGGCUGGGCUGUUUGCACUCACCAUGUAUGUCAUGCUGCAGACGUUGGAUGACCAUAAACCCACCUGGCAGGACCGGCUCUCCACACCAGGAAUGGUGAUUAGACCCAAAGCAGAUGAGACCUUUGAGAUCGCCUACAGCAUCAAGGAUACGGAGAGCUGGGACAUGUACGCUCAGACCCUGGACAAGUUCCUGUCACCCUACAACAACUCUGUGCAAACCCAGAAAAACGACGAGUGCACCCCUGACCAGUACUUCCUGCAGGAGGACAGCGGCGACGUGAAGAACAACCCCAAGCGCUCCUGUCAGUUCAACCGCACCGUGCUAGAGGAGUGCUCUGGAAUCAAUGACCGUUACUAUGGAUACCAGGAAGGCAAACCGUGUAUCAUCAUCAAGCUAAAUCGGGUGAUUGGGAUGCUUCCAGGAAAGGACGGACAGGCUCCAUAUGUCAGCUGUGCUGCAAAGAGAUACAAAGUUGGCAAAAAUGAAUGGAGAGAAGACUCUGACAAAAUUGGAGAGUUGAUGUACUUCCCACCAAACGGCACUUUCAACCUUAUGUACUACCCUUACUAUGGCAAGAAAGCUCAGGUGAACUACUCUCAGCCAUUGGUCGCUGUCAAGUUCCUCAACAUUACCACCAAUCAAGAAGUCAACAUCGAGUGCAGGAUUUUCGCCAACAACAUUCCCGUCGGAAGUGAAAGGGACAAGUAUGCUGGGAGGGUGUCGUUCAAGCUGAGGAUCAACACUAUCCCCAACUAGUUUGACCUUCUUUUCCUUCUCCUGAAAACUACGUCUCCGUUCUCUGCAACAUUGCGCAUACACAGAAAGCAAUCUCAGCAUUCACACCCUUUGUAGGAUUUGUUUACAAACCUCCACAUUUUGGGAGGAAAUAGUUAAUCUUAGUCGUUGGAGGAAGAGGAA